AUGAGCAUCGUGUCAUCCACGAACAAUCACCUACCAGCAGUUGCUUCUACAACACCGAAUUGGCCUCAUGGCUAUGGUUUGUCAGGUUCGAUUUCAAAUAAUCCCAUUCAGUACCAUGAGAAGCGAAAUACGCAAUACAUCACCGUCAAGGGCGUCAAACAUGCUUACCGCCUUUUUGGACAGUCUUCUGGCACCCCUCUCUUCCUCCACGUCCAUUUCAGAGGCAACAUGGACUGGUGGGAUCCGGCGCUCAUCAACCCUCUGGCAGCCGUGCGUCCGAUUCUUCUGGUGGACAGCACGGGCGUCGGUCUUAGCGAGGGUGAAGUGCCAACGCGCUUCGCCGACUGGGCCACCGCCAUCAUCGACGUCGCCCACGCCCUGGGAAUCAACAAGCUCGACGUUCUCGGCUUCUCCAUGGGCGGCUUCGUGGGGCAACUCAUGGCCCUGCAAGCACCGGGCCUCGUUCAACGGUUGAUCAUCGCCGGCUCUGGCCCCUCGGCCGGCGAGGGUGUUGUGCCGAGUGACCCAAAAUACAUUGUCGAAGUUGCCGGUGGAUCCACCUUUGACGAGCACCAUGCCGGGCUCAAACAUACCUUCUUCACCCAGUCCGAGAAGAAGCAAGCUCUGGCCGAACAGUGGGUUCAGCGCAUGGCGAACGCCCGCCCGAAUCGCGCACCUCUACUGCGCGGCCAGGGUAUGCAAAACCAGAUUGAGGCCCUGCAGCGGUUUUUCUCGGGUGACCACCGCGAAGAGGCGACCUACGACCGACUCGACCAGAUCAAGGUCCCCGUGUUGGUGGCCAACGGUAGCAAAGACGUGCUCGUCGCGACGGAGAACAGUAUAUUGUUGUGGAAGAGGUUGGUCAAUUCGGACGCGCAGUUGCACUUGUACGCGGACAGUGGACAUGGCUUCUUGAAUGAGUAUCACGGGCAGUUUUCUAGGCUGGUCAAUGAGUUCCUGGAUGCAUAA